GGACCUCCAACUCGCAGAGCCAGGCUGCCAGCAUCAGGCGUGAAAUGACCUUCCCUGCAUUUCAACAGGAGGAUGUAAAAAGUGACAUCAGUCAAAAACUGCCAGACCAACAGUUUCUCCUGCUCACCACAAAGGAGGAAGAUUUAAAAACAGCAGAGACCAAAAAACUGAGCAGAGUUCAUGAGUAUGAAAAGGAAAACACUCGUUCUGUUUGUCUUCUUGAACAGAAGCGCAAGGUUGUUUCUUCAAAUAUUGAUGUGCCUCCAGCAAGAAAAUCUUCAGAAGAACUGGACAUGGAUAAAGUAACAGCAGCCAUGGUACUAACCAGUUUAUCCACCAGCCCUUUGGUCCGCAGCCCUCCUGUCCGACCCAAUGAAUCCCUAAAUGGAUCUUGGAAAGAAGGAGGAUUUGUGCCUUCUAGUACCAGCAGCAGUGGAUACUGGAGCUGGAAUGCUCCCAGUGACCAGUCCAACCCAUCUACCCCAUCUCCACCUCUGUCAGCUGACAGCUUCAAAGCUUUUCGAACACCUUCCCAGCCAGAUGAUGGUAUUGACGAAGCUGAAACAAGCAACCUUCUCUUUGAUGAACCUAUUCCUAGGAAAAGAAAGAACUCAAUGAAGGUGAUGUUCAAAUGCCUGUGGAAGAACUGUGGAAAGGUACUGAGCACAGCUGCAGGGAUUCAGAAACACAUACGGACCGUUCACCUUGGACGUGUAGGAGAGUCUGACUACAGUGAUGGAGAGGAGGAUUUUUACUAUACAGAAAUCAGGCUCAACACGGACUCAGUAGCCGAUGGCCUAAGCAGUCUUUCCCCAGUCUCUCCAUCUUUAGCAUCUCCUCCUUCGUUUCCCACCCAAGAUGCAAUCCGUCCUGAAACUUCCUGUGCCAAAACUGAGACAAAAUUGAUGACACCUCUGAGCCGCUCAGCUCCUACCAACCUCUACCUCGUACACACGGACCAUGCUUACCAGGCCACUCCUCCGGUGAACAUUCCAGGGUCAACAAAAUUCACUCCUAAUGGCAGUAGCUUUAGCAUCUCUUGGCAGUCGCCUCCAGUUACCUUCACCGGCAUUCCAGUCUCACCAACCCAUAAUCGUCCUGCAGGGAGUGGAGAGCAGAAACAGUCCCACACAGUUCUUUCAUCACCGCCUAGAGUAGCAUUUGGCUUGAGGAAGCCUAGAGGGGAGGGGAAAAAGUGUCGGAAGGUCUAUGGGAUGGAGAACAGAGAUAUGUGGUGUACUGCCUGCCGGUGGAAGAAGGCCUGCCAAAGGUUCAUCGACUAACGAGUGAAAUCAUGCAGAGGAUUUGGGGAUGGGGGAGGACAACAGCAGGACCAGAUCGCUACAGCUGCACUGUAUCACUUCCCGUGUUCCCUCCAGUGAUGUGGUGUUGGUUUUCUUUUUGUUUUUGUUUUGUUUUGUUUUUAAUUUUUUUAAAAAAACGAGAGCUUUGUAUUUCAAAGUGAAGCACUUGUAGCCAAGGAGAAGCACUAAUCAAAACCUGUGUGGAGCAAUAGCGCAAAAAAUAAAUAAAAAGCAAAAACAAGAACAUAUAACAAAAAUCUGUCUUACUAAGUAUCGAAAGCAGAGCAGCUAUUAGUGGUUUUCUGUUAAAAAAAAAAAAAAGGAAAAAGUUAAUUUUUUGCUAACUCUUUCAGCUACUUGCUCCUUACGAUCAUUUUUAACCAUUUCAGUCUCUUUGCUGUGAACAUCUGUAUUUGCUAAACUGAACAAUUUUUCUUUUCCUGAAAUGAAGAUCUCUUUUUGAAAGCUUUCUAAUAAACACUUCAGAGUUGUAUAAGCUACAGUUUACUCAGCAAAAGCUGUACUAAGACUGGAGACAGCUAAGUAAUUCUCCUGAUACAAAUAAUCAUGAUUAUAUUAUAUUUUUGGAAAGGGGCUAUGGGGAGGAGUUGGGAUUUUUGUUUAUUUCUUUAUAGGAGAAAAACAAAAGCCUGAAUUUUCAAGAAGGACAAGCAGUGCUCCUGGAAGAUUUUUGAACCAGGCACAGACCAGCGGAGUGGAACAAAGUCAUUCAAGUACCAAAUUGGAUUUUGAUCUCUGGAGGAAGAAAAGCAGCAAUGGAAAGUCACCAGCAGAUACCGUCACCACGGAAGUGGAGGGAAGAAAUUCAGCGAUGCUCAGUUGAAACUCUCGAGAAUGUAAUGGGGGUCCAGUAGCUUUUCUUACCACUCUCCCUCUUCCUAGGGAGGACUAACAGUUGGACCAGCACAUCUGUUGCUGCAGAAGGCCUGUAGCGAACUGGUAAAUGCAGCCACUAGGAUUAUAUAAAAUACCUAUUCAGGGACAUGAUCCAGCCCAGCAGUUCUGCUCUUGCUUCCUUUUCUUAUAUUUGGGAGGUUGGUGUUAAGAUAAUGGUUUGCUCAACGUUGUUUUUUUUUUACACCUAUUAAAGUUGCUAAAAUUUAUUUUGCACAAAAAAAAUGGCAAAGAAAAGAAAAUACCGCUAUCCACAACAUCAUCUCAGAAAAAGAAGUACAACAGCAAAGGAGCAACAUUCUUAUGGUAAAAGUCCAUUUCUUAACUCAUUUCAAUAUACACAAGUUUCUGUACUGGCAGUAUUUGGAUAGAGUUUCUCUGUCCCUUAGGAAGUAUGCACCUGAACGUGGAAAGCUGUGUUCUGUCUCGACUUAUGUGGAAUUAUUUGGCAAUUAUUUUAAUACAAAAUAAAGUAAGGAUUUACUAGGAUAUGAAUGUAUACUGUUAAGUAAUACUUGCCUGUUAAACAAAACUUUGCCUCUUAACAGAGUCUUAAUAGAGGUAUAGAGGCCCCAAAUUUCUGGAUUUCUUUUCAUACUAUUUGAAAUGAGACCAGAUUUUUUUUUUUAAUUUCUUUGAAUUGUCUAAUCUGCCUCGUCCUCCCUGGAAUAAGGACUCUGAGUAUCUAAACAGCUUUCUAAAAUCUGGUCCAAAGUUCAUUUGAUACUUUAUUGAGCAUGCACUGCUGCUUAUGCCUGUGUUAAAGCACAAAAUAACGACGCAGCUGUUGAGGAUAUGUGCUAUGAAUUCAGCAAAGUGGUGCUGAGAAGUAAAUAUAUAAUAGGAGCUACUGAUGGUUAUCAUCUGAUUUUUUUUUUAAGCAAGUUAAUUGGGCAAUCAGCUGCCUAAUUUGAACGUGCUAUUUCUACAGUUGUUUACAAAUUGUGUAAUUUACAUGCACAAGCAGCAAGAUAUGCUUGCAUGCACACAAUUUCUUGAUUUUUUUGAGCCCAAUUGUGUUCUCUUAAGUUAUUCCAAAAAAAAAAAAAAAAAGGAAAUAGAAAUCUAGUUAGACCCUGAAAUAUGUACAUAUAUGUGUGUGUGUAUGUGUAUAUAUACGUAUGUAUAUAUAUAUGCACAUAUAUAUAUAUACACACAUAUCUGGGAUCAACAGGGAUGAAAAGGAUGGUUUUCUUUAUAAAUCUAAAACGAGAUGGUUAAUGUCACUGGAUAUGCGUAGCCACUGUUCUAUCAUCUUUUUUUCUCAGCGAAAUGUGGCUCCUGGGUUUUCUUUGGAUGUUGUAUUUUUUCAAUUUCUAUAGUAAAAUGCCUCGUAGUAAUUCAGUCUCAAAUUUCAUCUUCAAACACUGAGCUUGCUGUUUCCGUAUUCACUGUGGUAGUUCUUACAAAAUCUGGGCCUUUUCAAAGAUACUCCAGCCAAUUUGCCCCCUAUUCUUACAGCACUGCAAGACUAAUUAUAAAAUGUUUCAUAGUUAAUUAGAUUAUUGUAAGACUUAACAGUAUUUGCUUAUAUAUUUGUUGUUCCCCUCCCUUUGUGUUUUGCCUUUUUGCUUUGGAGGAUUUUGUAAAAAUAAUGCGUUAGAUUGUAUGUUGGUUCCGUAAUGUCAAGGCAUCACGAGCACCUUUCCUGAGGGCACUUUACGAAUUAUUGUAAUAAGAUCAUUUUUUGUAGAUUUCUGCUCAGAAGAUUGGUUUUCGUGCCAGACCAGAGCGCCCUCUGGUACAGAUUUGCUAUGGAUUAUGUAUAGGCACAAGAGCUGCAAAUCAUCAAACGUGAUAGGAAGUUUGUGUUAACAAGCAGAGGGCAGAAAACACUUAAUCCAGCAUAAAUCGUGCCGGGACAAAAUUAAACGAUCAGUAUUUUUACACAGACUUUAAUCAGCAGAGUUUAUAUUAAAUCAUUUCUGCAUCUUUUGGCUGUA